AUGCCCUUCACCGUGGGAGAGAACGACAUACUCCAGCUGAACCAAGACCAUGACUUUGACUUCGGCCUGCAGUUCGAACAUGUCUUCUUCUCCAUCCUACCAUCCGCCUUAUUUAUCGCAAUAUCCAUCUGGCGGGCAAUUUCCCAGACUCGGAAGCCCAUCGUGGUGCAUGCUCCCGCCUUUCAAGUCACCAAAGUCGCUGCCAUUCUAUCCUAUGUCGGACUUGAAGUCUCACUCCUCAUCCUUGCUGCCCAUGGAUCCUUCCGUGUGACCACCGCAUUUCUGGCUUCCUCGGCCCUGAAGCUUGUGUCGGCGUUGUUCAUGACCUUGCUCAGCGUCCUUGAUCAUAGCAGAAGCCCGCGGCCGUCUGUGCUGCUAAACAUAUACUUGUCUUUGACUCUGCUCCUUGACGCUGCCCAGGCAAGAACGCUGUUUCUCUCGUCGGACGACAGAUCCGAGUCCACCUACAGCGCCAUAUUCACUGCCGCUGUGGCUGUCAAGGCUGGAAUAUUGCUGUUAGAAGCCCGCCACAAGUCAAAAUGGGUCAACUGGGACGUGAAGAAGCACAGCCCAGAGGAGACGAGCGGCAUCUUUUCGCUGAGUGUCUUCUUCUGGCUGAACAAGAUGUUUCUGGCUGGGUACAAGAAGGUCUUGGCCCUGGAAGACCUGUACCCCCUUGACAGCACUUUUGACGCCAAGCUGCUCCACGACCGCUUUGCUGCCAAGAUGGACCAUUCCAAGUUGAAGGGAGACAAGUUCGGUCUUGCAAAGGUGCUUGUGCGUACGCUCAAGGUGCCCCUUCUGCUUCCUGUCAUUCCGCGUCUGGCACUUGUGGGUUUCAAGUUUUGCCAGCCACUGUUCCUCGAGAAGUUGUUGGAAUACCUCUCGAACCCUGGAGCUCUCGACCCGAAUAUUGGAUACGGCUUCAUCGGCGCCAGUAUACUGAUCUACGGGGGCGUUGCAAUCUCGUCGGCCCUGUCCGGCGAGCAUAGGUACUUUCACCACCGAAUGCGCACCAUGGCGAGGUCGAUACUGGUCACCGAGACCUUCGUUCAAGCUACGAGGUCACGUAUCGGAACUGCCGAUAACAACUCGGCCCUGACAUUGAUGAGCACCGAUGUCGAGCGGAUCAAGGUCGGCUUCCGGGCCCUGCACGAGGUGUGGGCAGGCAUGACCCAGGCUGCCCUAGCCGCGUGGAUGCUGUACACUCGGCUCGGGCUCGCCUUCGUUGCACCGCUGGCAACUGUUACCGUCUGCUUUGCCGGCGUGGGGAUUCUCAUCAACUUCACCGGGGACUCUCAGAGGUCGUGGAUGGCUGGUGUCCAGAAGCGCGUCGGGCUGACGGCCACGGUCAUCGCCGGCAUGAAGAAUCUGAAGAUGUCGGGCCUCUCGGUUGCCAUCAGCGACUUUGUGCAGAACCUCCGCAUCGAGGAGCUGGCCGCAGGAGCACGGUUCCGCAAAGUGACCAUCAUCGCAGCGCUCUUCGCCUUUAGCUCCCAGCUUCUCAGCCCGCCGCUCACCUUCGCAUUCGCUCCACGGGCACCGGAUGCGGUCCCCGAACUCGCCUCUGGGCUGGCUUGUCUGGGCCGAAUCCAGGCGUUUCUGGGGCGCGAGACGCGCCAGGACUUUCGCAAGGUCUACGCCGACUUGAAAAGCAAUGUAGAGAAGACGCGCGAGGCAGGGCCUGAUAGUCCGGACUCAGCGUAUCCCAUUGUUGUAAAAGAUGGCAGGUUUGGCUGGGAAGCGGACGAGUUUGUCUUGCGGGACAUCAACACCCAAGUGUCCGAGUCCUCACUGACCGCAAUCAUCGGACCGGUUGGAUCGGGGAAAUCGACGCUCAGUAAGGCGCUGCUUGGCGAGAUCCCUCUCAGCGAAGGAAGCGUCGUGUUGGGCGCCCGCUUCUCUCGCAUCGGAUUUUGCGACCAGACGCCGUUCCUUUUCAACGGCUCGAUCAGAGACAACAUUGUUGGCUUCUCGCCAUUCGAUAGUGGAAGGUAUGCCGAAGUGGUCAAUGCGACAUGUCUGCGUUUCGACUUUACCAUGCUCCCACAAGGAGACCGGACGAAUGUCGGAUCGGAUGGUAUCGCCCUGUCCGGCGGCCAGAAACAACGCGUUUCCCUUGCGCGGGCUCUGUACCUGCAAUCUGAUCUGCUAGUGCUGGACGAUAUAUUCAGUGGUUUGGACGCCGACACCGAGGAGCAGGUCUUCCAGAACGUCUUUAGGCCGGACGGAGUCCUCCGGCGACGACGGUCGACGGUUGUAUUGUGCACCCACAGCAUUGGGCACCUCCCCGCGGUGGACUACAUCAUCGCACUCGGCGGCGGCACCAUUGUCGAGCAGGGCACCUUUGGCCAACUAAUGUCUAACGGUCAAGGGUACGUUCACCGCCUGGGGCUGGGUGGUUCCUCUUCCAACAGCGAAGGCUCUUCAUCCGAAGAGAGAAGGCCGAAGAAACGCGUGCGGGAAUCCGCGACACAAUUGCUCCCCUCUUCGUCCAUCGAGACAACUGUUGUGGUACCAGACACGAGUGAGUCUCGUCAAGUGGGUGAUAGGACUGUUUACAAGCAUUAUGUCAAGAGCAUGGGUUGGUUCCUGGCGGCGUCUAGUUUGUUUUUCGCCGCCCUCUGGGGUUUUUUUACCAACUUUCCCACAAUUUCGCACUCUUUCGCCUAUUACAUCGGCAUCUACACCUUGCUCCAGAUCAGCGCUAUGAUUUCGCUGCUUCUCCUCGGCAUUAUCCUUUUUAUUUCCUCUGUUAAAAGAGCGGGUGCACGUUUACACCAGGAUGCCCUGCGGACGCUGAUGCAGGCGCCCCUUUCGUUCUUCACAAAGACGGAUACCGGUGUAGUUACGAACUUGUUCUCGCAAGAUCUGAACCUCAUCGAUACAGAGCUACCGGAUACAACGUUGAACACUCUGUUUUCUCCGCAGGUCUUUCAAGCGCUCGGGCAAGCAGCUGUCAUGCUUACUUCGUCUCUAUACUUGGCCAUAAGCUACCCGUUUCUCGGCGGCCUUUUGUACAUCAUACAAAGAUUCUACUUACGGACCUCCAGACAGCUCCGUCUCCUCGACCUCGAGGCGAAAAGUCCCUUGUACACGCACUUUAUCGACACUUGUAAGGGCAUCGUAACUCUAAGGGCAUUCGGCUCCCUUGCGGAUGACAUCAACAAGAAUGCUCGCUUGAUUGAUUCCAGCCAGCGGCCAGCGUACCUCCUGAUGAUGAUCCAGGAGUGGCUGAACCUCGUUCUCGACGUCGUCGUCAUGGUGAUCGCCGCGCUCCUAACCACUCUCGCCGUGCAGCUCCACUCCAACUCAGCUUUCGCCGGCGCUUCCCUCUUCACCCUCGUCAGUUUCGGGGAAAACCUCUCCGGUAUUGUCAUCUACUACACCCGGCUGGAAACGUCCAUCGGGGCGGUGGCUAGACUCAAGACGUUCAACGAAACCGUCAAACCAGAGGACAGAGAGCAUGAAGAUCUUGAUCCUCCAGAACAAUGGCCUCAAAGUGGAACAAUAGAGUUUAACGGUGUCUCGGCGACGUACCGUCCCACGGAGGACGACGACGACCAACCCCACAGCAACGACAACAACAGCGGCAGCGAACGGUCCGACCUAGCCCUCCGGGAUAUCCGCCUUACCAUCCACCCAGGCGAGAAAGUCGCCAUCUGCGGCCGCACCGGCAGCGGCAAGUCCAGCCUGAUCGCCCUGCUCCUCAAACUCCUCGACCCUCUCCACGAGACACCAACCAACAACAACAACAACAACAACGACAACAACAACAACAACAACAACAACAACAACAACAACAACACUAUAACCAUCGACCACACCCCCCUCCACCACAUCAACCGCACCACCCUCCGCUCGCGCCUCAUCGCCAUCCCACAAGAAGCCGUCUUCCUACCAGACGGCUCCACUGUGCAGGCGAACCUAGACCCGUCGGGAUCGGGAGCGGGAGCGGCAGCGGAAGGGGGCGCCUGCACGGCCGAGGAAUGCCAGGCCGUCCUGGAGGCGGUCGGGCUGUGGGGCUUUGUGGAGGGACGCGGGGGCUUGGAUGCCGGGCUGAGCGCCGCGGCGCUGAGCGCGGGGCAGAGGCAGUUGUUGUCGUUGGGGCGGGCUGUGCUACGUGGUAGGGUGAGGGCACGGCGGUGGCGGGAGAGUGAUGGGGGGGUUGGGGUUGGUGGUGGUGAUGGUGGUGGGGGUUCGGGGUGUGGGGGGAUAUUGCUGUUGGAUGAGGUCAGUUCUAGCGUGGACCGGGAAACGGAGCGGGUUAUGCAGGAGAUCAUCAGGAGUGAGUUUCAGGGGUACACUAUCCUGGCGGUUAGCCAUCGGUUGGAGAUGAUUAUGGACUUUGAUAGAGUUGUUGUUAUGGAUAGGGGUGAGAUUGUCGAGGUUGGGAACCCGGUUGUUUUGGCUGCACAGCCGGGUACUCGAUUCGGGGAUUUGGUGGGGGCUGGGGGCAAGUAGGAACGACUCCUUACGAGCGUUUUCUAAGGUGGAAUACAUGCCGUUUGUCUUGUUCUAAGUUGACCGUGAAGUCAGAUCAGCCCAGGGACUAUCUCCUCACACACAAAGCAUGCGUCAAAAUACGUGUGUUUUCGCACAAAAG